CGUGUCAUCCCAAUCUCAUGUCUCAUAUACGUAUACAAAAAGCAACCAUGCCAUCGAUAGUUUCCUCCUUCAAGAAGAUAAAUCAAACAUUUCAUAAAUUUGCUUAGAUAUGUGUUUUAGUACACCAAUAUAUAUACACUAUAUAUGUCACAUGUAACAUCGGAUUCUGGUAGUAAAAACAAUAAGAGGAAGUUGUCAAAUAUUAUGGAUGAUCCUAAUAAUAUUGUUGCCGACAAUAUUAAUAAAUCUAAAGAAAUUGAGCGGCGUUACGAUGAUUAUAGAAGGAAGAGAAAGCGUCCAUGCAAAGUGGCAGUGGUUCCUACGAUGGAAUCAACCACCGGAGAAACCGCCACCGCGUCACAUGGUUUUAUAUCGGUGAUUGGGCGGAGGAGGGUGAUGGAAGAUGCUAUUAAGGUGAUUCCACGUUUUGUGGCGGCGGAGCAGCAACCGUGCGGUUAUGAUUUCUUUGCGGUUUAUGACGGUCAUGGUGGUAUGACGGUGGCGAAUGCUUGCCGUGAUAGGUUGCACUUGUUGUUGGCGGAGGAAGUGAAGGAGGGUAGGAGGAAUCAUGGAUUGGAUUGGUGUGAAGCUAUGUGUUCUUGUUUUAUGAAGAUGGAUAGUGAAAUUGGAGUCGGUGGAAGUUGUGGUGAUGAGGUUGAUGGGAAUACCGUGGGUUCGACGGCGGCUGUGGUGGUGGUGGGGAAGGAGGAGAUUGUAGUGGCGAAUUGUGGUGACUCAAGGGCGGUGCUUUGUAGUGGCGGUGUAGCGGUGCCACUUUCACGAGAUCAUAAGCCAGAUCUUCCGGAUGAAAGAGAAAGGAUUGAAGCAGCAGGUGGAAGAGUGAUUGAUUGGAAUGGGAAUCGUGUUUUAGGAGUACUCGCAACUUCCAGAUCAAUAGGGGAUCACUGCAUGAAGCCAUUUGUGAUAUCUCAACCAGAGAUCAAUGUAUACGGACGAACAAAAUCAGAUGAGUUUGUAGUGGUGGCAAGUGAUGGUCUUUGGGAUGUAGUAUCAAAUAAUUUUGUUUGUGAAGUUGUUAGAAGUUGCCUUCAAGGUCAUAUGAGGAGGCAUAAUAUGAAAGAAGAUCACAAUCACACUAUUAAAAGUUAUGCAGCAGAGGCUGCUGCAAUCUUAGCUGAAUUGGCUAUGGCUAAGGGAAGCAAAGACAACAUAAGUGUUAUAGUCAUCCAGCUCAACACUAACAUGUGAUCCAAUCCAAUAUAAUUGUUUGGUUUUUUUCUGCUAAAGUUUUUGUAUUGGAUAGAUAGUUGGGAUCGAUAUAUACGUUUUUGAAAUUUCUCAAAAAAGUCAUGGUGCUUUUUUUCCUUUCAAUAUUUAUAGUGGGUUAUUAAGUAGACUAAUAUUGUUUACAAUUAAUAUUCACAUCAUAUAUUCAACAAA